AUGAAUGCACCUGUCAUCGUUGCUGCAUCUCUCGGGUUUGGCAGAGAUAUGUGGGGGAUACCGGCCGACAACAUUACCGAGAGCCUGAAGUGGCUGUACGUAGCCUACUUCAUGUACAUGCUGGCCGAAGCACUCUGCCAGAUGUCAAUUCUCGCAUUUUACCUUCGCAUCAUGAUACAGCCUCGGCUGCGUGCAGUCGUAUGGGUCUUGAUGGGAGUGGUUACGUCUUUUGGCAUUGCCAAUAUCUUUGCCAUGAUCUUUCAAUGCACGCCAAUUCCCUUCUUUUGGGAUGGCUGGAGAGGCGAAAUGGAGGGUACCUGUGGGGUUGACGUGCGUCUAUUUGGUUUCGCCAGAGGAGCAAUAGAGAUCUUUCUAGAUCUGGCAAUUUUGGUGCUACCACUCCCUAUGCUGGCCAAACUUAACAUGUCUCCAAAGAAGAAACUUCAAGUCAUGUCGAUGUUCUGUGUUGGAUUCAUCAUCACCGUUGUGAGCUGUCUUCGAUUAUGGGCAUUCGUUGAGUUUGCGCAGACAACAAAUCCAACUUACGAUAAUGUUCCUGGCCUAUAUUGGUGUACGACAGAGUCGAACCUGUUCACGGUAGUGGCAUGCAUGCCAGCAUUACAUGCACUCUUCCACAAAGCUCUUCGAAAGGUUCGCGGCCUCAGCACCCAUACUAGCAGCGAUGAGCCAAGCAAGGGCUCAUAUUUGCGGUACAAUACCAAUCAGCGUAAAAGCUCAAUGCCUUUUGGAGCCAUCAGAAAGGCUACUGAUGUCACCAUCUACAGAACAGAGCGGUCAGGUUCCGACUUAGAGCUGGUAGACAACAGGCGGCCGGUAUGA